AUGGCGACCUUAAAGAGACUCGACGUCAAGAGAACCUGGCCUCGCCUCAGUCUCAGUAUCCAUUCAAGAAAUUACAACGGUUCUGCUUCCAGCGGUGCUACUGCAGCAGGUUCGUUCUCAGUGAAGCCGACAGCAAAGGACCCAUAUUCGUAUCAAGUCGGCUUCGGUAAUCGAUUCGCCUCUGAAGCGAUCCCGGGUUCAUUGCCGUAUGCCCAAAACAGCCCUCAGAAAUGUAAAUAUGACCUCUAUGCAGAACAGAUGACGGGCACAUCGUUUGUGGCCCCAAAAGCCGAGAAACAGACCGCGUAUGUACGCUCAACCGUGCUUCGCAGGCUCUGUAUUAACAAAAUUGCCUGGCAUCCGAUCGAUAUUCCCAAGAGUGGUAAAGUGGACUUCAUCGAUGGUCUGAAAUCUUUCGCUGGGAAUGGAGAUCCCACCCUCCGAGAGGGUCUCGCAAUUCAUAUGUACGCCUCAAACACCUCAAUGGGCAAUAAGGCGUUCUGCAACAAUGAUGGAGAUAUGCUCAUUCUUCCUCAGCAAGGACGCAUGGACGUUCAGACUGAAAUGGGCAAGCUUAUGGUUCGACCUGGAGAGCUGUUAGUCAUACAGCGCGGAAUCAGGUUCAGGGUUGCCUUUCUUGAUGGACCUUCUCGAGGAUAUAUACAGGAGAUAUAUGGGUCACAUUUCGAACUCCCAGAACUAGGACCUUUAGGUGGCCACGGUCUUGCGAAUCCACGUGAUUUUGAGCAUCCCAUCGCAAGCUUUGAUAUUGACCAGUCACCUUGGGAAAUAGUCUACAAGGUUUGUGGUGAGCUGUAUGUUUGUAAGCAGGAGCAUACCCCGUUUGAUGUGGUGGCAUGGCACGGAAACUAUGUUCCGUACAAGUACGCUUUGGAGAAGUUUGUCAACGUUGGAUCUAUUUCCAAGGAUCAUAUCGAUCCGUCUAUAUUCUGUGUUCUGACGGCCAAGUCAAAGACGCAAGGCACUCCUUUGAUGGACUUCCUGAUCUUCAGUCCGCGAUGGGACGUUGCUUCGCAUACUUUCAGACCACCUUAUUACCACCGCAACUCUGCAACCGAGUUCAUGGGACUGAUUUAUGGAACGUAUAGCGGACGAUCCGAUGAGUUCCAACCGGGAUCGUGCUCUUACGAAACCGGUUUUUGCCCUCAUGGUGUAUCUUAUGAAGAGUUCAAGCUUGCGACGGAAAGUGAGCUGAAGCCUAUGAGGAUCCACGAAAGCACUAUGGCUUUCAUGUUCGAGUCAAGCAUGAUUUUAACGCUUACAGAUUAUGCAAUGAAGUCACUUAAGCGUCAUGAGCAUGAACCGAAGAUGUGGGAUGACCUGAAAGGACAGUUUAUGAACCAUAUUUCACAGGUGAACGCGGACUUGCAGGCAGCAGGUCUCCCGCCACUUGGUUAUAAGGAAUAA